UGAUGGGAAGUUGUUAACAUAACCUUAAAUCAAAACAAACGUGUUGCGUUGGUUGUCGCUGGCGUUUUCCGCGUUUCCUCGCGGAUAUUAUAUUAUUUUAGUGUUGAUAUAAUCUGGGAAAGAUUCCAAAAUGUUCAUCCUGUACGAAACACCAGCAGGAUAUGCAAUUUUUAAGCUCCUGGACGAGAAGAAGCUAAAGGAAGUGGAUAAUCUGUACCUGGAGUUUGAAACACCAGAAAAGGCAAACAAUUUGGUAAAAUUGAAGCAUUUCCAGAAAUUUUCCGACACAACCGAAGCUCUUGCGGCUGCCACAGCCACGGUUGAGGGAAAAGUUUCAAAGCCACUGAAGAAGACGCUCAAGAAGUUGGUCAGUGAGGAUGUGCAAAAUAAACUCCUCGUGGCCGAUGCGAAGCUUGGCAAUGCCAUCAAGGACAAACUUGCCCUUCAAUGUGUCUCGAAUUCGGGGGUGCAGGAGCUGAUGCGGUGCAUCCGGACGCAGUCGGAGUCCCUUCUUUCCGGACUGCCAAAGAAAGAAAUGACAGCCAUGGCUCUGGGUUUGGCACAUUCCCUUUCCAGGUACAAAUUGAAAUUCUCCCCGGACAAGAUUGAUACAAUGAUCGUCCAGGCACAGUGUCUCCUUGAGGAUCUCGACAAGGAGCUCAAUAACUACAUGAUGAGAGCAAGAGAAUGGUACGGAUGGCAUUUUCCGGAACUCGGGAAGAUCAUCACAGACAACAUUGCAUUCGUGAAGACAAUUAAACUUGUUGGGAUGCGCGAGAAUAUGGGACAAACAGACCUCUCGGACAUUCUUCCGGAAGACGUCGAGGAGAAAGUGAAGGAAGCAGCAGAGAUUUCAAUGGGCACGGAGAUCUCAGAGGAGGACAUCAUUAACAUUCAGCACCUCUGUGACGAAAUAAUCUCCAUCAAUGAGUACAGAACACAUCUCUUUGACUACCUCAGGACACGAAUGAUUGCCAUGGCGCCAAAUCUCACAAUUCUCGUUGGGGAAUCUGUGGGGGCACGAUUAAUUGCCCAUGCUGGAUCACUUGUUAAUCUGGCUAAACAUCCGGCGUCUACAGUUCAGAUUCUGGGAGCUGAAAAGGCCCUCUUCCGCGCGUUGAAGGCUAAAAAGGAUACACCCAAGUACGGGUUGAUUUAUCAUGCUCAGCUUGUAGGACAGGCCAGUGUAAAAAAUAAGGGAAAGAUCUCUCGGUCGCUGGCAGCAAAGGCAGCUCUCGCCACGAGGGUUGAUGCCUUCGGGGAGGACGUCAAGUUCGAAUUGGGUGCUGAGCACAAGGCAAAGUUGGAGUCUCGUCUUCAUUUCCUCGAGCAGGGAAGUUUGCGACGUCUCUCUGGCACUGGGAAAGCCAAGGCAAAGUUUGAAAAGUACCAUGGGCAGAGUGAGGUCAAAACAUACGAAUCUGCGUACGAUAACACCCUGCCGACGAGCAGCAAGAAGCGAAAACACUCCGAGAGUGCCGCAGAAACACCCAAGAAGCUGAUUGAGGAGAUCCCGGAGGAAGAAGUUGAAGAAGCCGGCGCCUCCGAGGAGCCCAAGAAGAAGAAAAAGAAGAAGAAGAAGACCAGCGAGACAGCUGAAGAGGAAGAAACGCACGUGGCAAAGAAGUCGAAGGUAGAGGAGGAGGAAGCAGAGGAGGAGCCAACGGAGAAGAAGAAGAAGAAAAAGAAGAAAAACAAAACGGAAGAUGAAUAAAAGAAAUCCAGCCUGUCUGGGAUUUUUAUUUUGUUAAUUUCUCUCCAUCCCUGCUCAUGAGGGUGGAAAAUAUGCAAAAUUACGGUCAUAUUUUAAGGAGUAAAAAUGCUAAAAGAGAAUGAGAAAUAGCGAUAGAAAUAAAUUCAGCGGAAUCAACGGAGGUACAAUAAAGAAAAUGAAAAUUGUCCGAAGAAAA